AUAGUACAGCCGUUCUAGAGAUUACCAAAAACCCUCACUCUCUCAUCCCUCACGGCCUGCCACCGAAGCCGGCUUCGUCAACCUCACCGACCACCCACUGGUUUUACGGCCUACGGUGGAGUGGGGAUUUGAACUCGGGCGUACCUGCUCGAGGAGCUGGGUGCUCUAUCAACUAGGCCAGUUAUUCUUAUAUUGGAGCGCCUUUUAAGGAGGUCAGAAUUCAGAGCAGAUACUGUAAUUGGGGCAAGGAUGUCUGAGGUUGGAUAUGCUCAUCUAAAGGAAGAAAUUGGUCAUGAUGUCAUAGCAACAUUGGCAGAGAUUCUUUGUUAUGAUGACAAACCUCUAUUUCUCUCUUUUAUGAAGGAGCUAUUUCAAAGAAAAGUACCAAAAACAGAAGAAGUUAGAAAGAAGGAAUCAUCUGAUUAUCAAGCUAAAUAUUGCCCACCAAAAAUUUUGCAUGGAAUUUGUGAGUCUGGCGUAAUAGAUUGUGCCAUCGCUUUUCUCGGAGGGGAGACCGGUUUCAUCGCUGAUCUCAAUAUUCCCUUUAACGAUGGAUUAUAUCCAUUGCAUUUAGCAGCUAAUGGUUUAUCAUAUGAAAUGAUUGCGACAUUGCUUAGCCAUGGAGCUCAGACUGAUGUCAGAACCAUAGAGGGUAAAUUUAGGGGCGACUUGUUUCCUCUCAACGUAUCACUUGAAACAGUAAGUUAUCAUCGAUCCUUGAUUGAUUGGACCCCAAAACAAUCUAUCUUCAAAUUGAUCGUUGUUCUUUGUCUGCCUCAAAUGAAAGUACCAUUAGAAAUUAAUAGGUUGCUGGCAUGGAACACAAAGGAGGUUGAUAAAAUAUUUAUUCAUUAUGCUAUGGAGGGAGAACUUAUUGAGAUGGCUACUCUACUGAUGGUUGCUCGAGAAAAGUUAAUCCCUUUGAGCAUGUCAAUACGCAAAAGCAUCAUUGAAGAGAUUGUACGACUAACUGAAGAUGAAAUCAAAUUGAUCGGAAGUCACAAGAAUGAUAAGUUGGUUGAAGAGAUUGUAGGACUAACUCAAGAUGAAAGCAAGUUGCUCGGAAUUAAUAAGAUUGGUAAGUUGGUUCGGUCGCUUAACGAUAUUAAGGCAGCGAUGACGCGGGGAAUAUUGUUGCUCAAAGUGUUUGAGAAGGCUGGUGUUGCUCUUGAAAAAUACAGGCAGUUAGUACAGAGUGAAAUGCCAAAAGAAAAGGUGGUCAACGACAUUAAGGCGCUGCUUGAGAGAGCCGGGUUUGUUAUAAACGACAAAGAUGUUGAUUUAAGUGACAUUGACUGUGAAAGUGAAAGUAUCAAAGAGGCAACGGAAGAAUUAGAAGAGAGUUUAACAUUGAGGUCUUAUUCAAAGGAUCUCUGGAUGCCACCUCCCUCACUGUCUAACAGUUUUUCCAAGGAAAAGAGUUCGGUCAUAUAUAAAACUUUUAGAACAUUCAUCGAAUAUGGGCCCCUUGUUUUUACGCCUUCGUCACGGUCAUACGUUACAUUCCCGCUCAUGGAUAAAAAGACACAUCGUGUUGCUAUAAGUGUUAACUUUUCGAGAACCCCUAGACCCCCAGCAAUGAUAGUAUCUGCGGCAUAUCUUCUAUCAAGAAAUCAGUUUGCCUCCUUGGCAUUAGCAAUCAAGAAGAGGUUAACUUGCAUAUGAUUGGCAAAUAAGUCAAUGGACUCAUGAUUGCACUGGGGGUUGACUUGGCCACUGUUUGAAUUGUAAAUGGAAGCUGUUAUAAGGGCACUAAAGGCCGUGCAUUUUCUUAAGAAGCAAAGCUGGGAGGCUUAUGCAAGUGACAAAUAAAAUACAGAAGAUCCUUCUUCUACUCAUGAUGCCGUGUUUUAUAGUUGUUAUUUUAUUAUUUAUUUGAGUUCUAAUCUCUCAACUUUGGCUGAGAGCCUGAGAGGAAAGCCUUCGUUAUUCUUAUAUUGGAGUGCCUUUUAAGGAGGUCAGAAUUCAGAGCAGAUACUGUAAUUGGGGCAAGGAUGUCUGAGGUGUAAUUGUGUUGAAAAACCCUAUGGCACCACUACAGCAAGGGAGAUUACAGCAGAGGAUCGGGGCUCCCUUUUUCUUACUUAUAUUACUGUUGGAUAUGCUCAUCUAAAGAAGAGAUUGUUUGUUAUGAUGACAAACCUCUAUUUCUCUCUUUUAUGAAUGAGCUAUUUCAAAGAAAAGUACCAAAAACAGAAGAAGUUGGAAAGAAGGAAUCAUCUGAUUAACAAGCUAAUAGUUUAUCAUAUGAAAUGAUUGCGACAUUACUUUGCCAUGGAGCUCGGACUGAUGCAGAACCAUAGAGGGUGAAUUUAGGGGCGACUUGUUUCCUCUCAACGUAUCACUUGAAACAGUAAGUUAUCAUCGAUCCUUGAUUGAUUGGACCCCAAAACAAUCUAUCUUCAAGUUGAUCGUUGUUCUUUUGUCUGCCUCAAAUGAAAGUACCAUUAGAAAUUAAUAGGUUGCUGGCAUGGAACACAAAGGAAGUUGAUAAAGUAUUUAUUCAUUAUGCUAUGGAGGGAGAACUUAUUGAGAUGGCUACUCUACUGUUGGUUGCUCGAGAAAAGUUAACCCUUUGAGCAUGUCAAUACUCAAAAGCAUCAUUGAAGAGAUUGUAGGACUAACUGAAGAUGAAUUCAAAUUGAUCGGAAGUCACAAGAAUGAUAAGUUGGUUGACGAGAUUGUAGGACUAACUCAAGAUGAAAGCAAGUUGCUCGGAAUUAAUAAGAUUGGUAAGUUGGUUCGGUCGCUUAACGAUAUUAAGGCAGCGAUGACGCGGGGAAUAUUGUUGCUCAAAGUGUUUGAGAAGGCUGGUGUUGCUCUUGAAAAAUACAGGCAAUUAGUACAAAGUGAAAUUCCAAAAGAAAAGGUGGUCAACGACAUUAAGGCGCUGCUUGAGAGAGCCGGGUUUGUUAUAAACGACAAAGAUGUUGAUUUAAGUGACAUUGACUGGUUUGGCAGCUAAUUACUUUGUUCAGUUGAUCGGUGAAAAUUUUGUAUCUUCUUAUCUCUCUUUCUUUAGGUGAUUUGAUUUUGAAUAAGCUCUAGUAUUCUAAUGCAUGUUUAUUUUUUCGUGACAUUAAAAUGCCAUAGUGAAAGUGAAAGUAUCAAAGAGGCAACGGAAGAAUUAGAAGAGAGUUUAACAUUGAGGUCUUAUUCGAAGGAUCUCUGCAUGCCACCUCCCUCACUGUCUAACAGUUUUUCCAAGGAAAAGAGUUCGGUCAUAUAUAAAACUUUUAGAACAUUCAUCGAAUAUGGGCCCCUUGUUUUUACGCCUUCGUCACGGUCAUACGUUACAUUCCCGCUCAUGGAUAAAAAGACACAUCGUGUUGCUAUAAGUGUUAACUUUUCGAGAACCCCUAGACCCCCAGCAAUGAUAGUAUCUGCGGCAUAUCUUCUAUCAAGAAAUCAGUUUGCCUCCUUGGCAUUAGCAAUCAAGAAGAGGUUAACUUGCAUAUGAUUGGCAAAUAAGUCAAUGGACUCAUGAUUGCACUGGGGGUUGACUUGGCCACUGUUUGAAUUGUAAAUGGAAGCUGUUAUAAGGGCACUAAAGGCCGUGCAUUUUCUUAAGAAGCAAAGCUGGGAGGCUUAUGCAAGUGACAAAUAAAAUACAGAAGAUCCUUCUUCUACUCAUGAUGCCGUGUUUUAUAGUUGUUAUUUUAUUAUUUAUUUGAGUUCUAAUCUCUCAACUUUGGCUGAGAGGAAGCCUUAGUAAGUUAGUCUUGUAACUCUAUGUUUUCAAUUGUUAAAUUUGUUUGAUGUUCAUACUAACUCAAUAAAAUAUUUAAACAAUUUUAAAUGCAUGUUCCAGUUUGUUAA